CUCGUUCAACCAUACCUCCUCCUUCUAUCUCUUAGAUCAAGUUUUCUAUAUAAACAAAGCAGUCACUUACUUGCCAUAUCAUAACUUGUACGCUUUGUUGAUCACUAGGUACAAUUUCAAUGCAAAUGAAGAAGUUCUUGCUUGUUACUCUUUCUUUAGCUUUAGUUCUUGAGAUCGGAUCGAGUUUCGACUUCCAUGAAAAGGAGUUAGAAACUGAGGAGAGUUUGUGGGAUUUGUAUGAGAGGUGGAGAAGCCAUCAUAGAGACUCCACAAGUCUUGAUGAGAAGCUUAAGAGGUUCAACGUGUUCAAAUCAAAUGUUCUCCAUGUCCAUCAGUUCAACAAGAAGGACAAACCUUAUAAGUUGAAACUUAACAAGUUUGCUGACCUGACUAACCAUGAAUUCAGAAGCUUUUAUGCUGGAUCCAAGAUUAAGCAUCACAGAUUGCUCAGAGGACAAAAAGCUGACAAUGGAACUUUUAUGUAUGCUAACGAUGAUCGUGCUCCACCUUCUGUUGAUUGGAGGCAGAAAGGUGCUGUAACUCCUAUAAAGGAUCAAGGCCAAUGUGGUAGUUGUUGGGCAUUUUCAACAGUGGUUUCAGUUGAGGGAAUAAACUAUAUCAGAACAAAGAAGCUAGUUUCAUUAUCGGAGCAAGAACUUGUCGAUUGUGACAACACAGAUAAUCAAGGUUGCAAUGGAGGCCUGAUGGAUUUAGCGUUCCAAUUCAUCAAGAAACAGGGAGGUAUCACCAGUGAGCAAAACUAUCCCUACAAGGCAGCGGAUGGUAGAUGUGAUACGCGGAAGUUGCAUCAGCCAGUAGUUUCAAUCGAUGGAUAUGAAGAUGUACCUCCCAAUGAUGAGGAUGCACUUCUGAAAGCAGCGGCCAACCAACCUGUUUCUGUCGCCAUAGAUGCUGGUGGUUCUGAUUUUCAGUUCUACUCUGAGGGAGUAUUUACUGGAGACUGUGGAACAGAACUGGAUCAUGGGGUGGCAAUUGUAGGCUACGGAACUACACUUGAUGGAACCAAAUAUUGGAUUGUGAGGAAUUCUUGGGGAACUGAAUGGGGAGAGAAAGGCUACAUCAGGAUGCAGCGCGGGAUAGAUGAUAAAGAGGGACUUUGUGGUAUAGCCAUGGAACCCUCAUAUCCGAUCAAAAACUCUUCCAGCAAUCCUGUUGGAGCUGCUGAUGCAUCUGAGAUUAAGGAUGAACUCUAAACACAGCAUAGUUUCUUUUACUGUGAAAAGCUAGUGAUAAUAUUGCUUUCCUCUCCUAGUUGCAGUUCUCAUCAACUCUUAAAACUUUGAAACUUCAAAUCGCUUCGUACUGAUUCCACUGUGAUUGUGAUACUGAUGUAUUGAGAUU